UAGCAGCGAGUCUUUGCUUUGCGCAAUAAGGUGACGAGGCUGUUGAUAUGAUCAUAAGUUUGUGAGCACUGUUCAUAGUUGUUUCUACUGAAAUUGAUCAAAUUGAUUUAAAAGCAUUUUUUUUAUUUUUAAUUUUACCAUAUUGUCCAUAUUUAUUUUUUUUAUAACUUAUGUUAUUGAUAUUAUUCAUAUUUAUUUUUAUUUAAGUUUUUAUUAAAUAUUUUACAACUAUGUCUUCUUCCAACAUUCGCUCAAGAAUAAAAGAAGUGACUCAGGAUGAAGCUACACUAAAAAAGACGGUUGUUUUAGGAUUGUCAGAAUUUCUUGGAACUGCUAUAUUAGUGUUUUUAGGAUGUAUGGGAUGUGCUGGAUCAAUCAGUCCAUCACAUUUGCAAAUCACUUUGAAUUUUGGAUUAUCAGUAAUGAUAGUUAUUCAGAUUUUUGGUCACAUAAGUCAUGCCCAUGUUAAUCCAGCCAUCAGUGUAGGUGCACUGGUUUUGGGUAAAAAGACUUUAACUGAAGCUUUAAUUUAUAUUCUGUGUCAAACAGGAGGUUCUGUAUUGGGCUAUGGAAUGUUAAUGAUAGUAACACCGAUAUCGAUGAGUGAUCCUAAAAAGAAAAAUGAAUUCUGUGUAACACGCUUGUCGGAAGAUGUUAGUUCUUUUCAAGGAUUGAUUGUUGAAGGUAUUGCAACAGCAGUUUUAAUGAUGAUAGCUUGUGCUGUUUGGGACAAAAGAAAUGAAAAAAAUACAGAUAGUGUUCCUAUUAAAUUUGGAUUAGCUGUUACUGCUUUGGCAACCGCCGCUGGUCCUUUUACAGGUUGUAGUAUGAAUCCGGCAAGGUCGUUAGGACCCGCAAUUUGGAACAACAAUUUUUCUCAACAAUGGAUUUAUUGGAUUGGACCAAUCGGUGGAUCAACUAUUGCUGCUUUUAUUUAUAAAACAAUUUUUGAAAUAAGAGAGAUUAGAUCAUUAGAAGAACCCGAAGCUAUAACAUUAAAUACCAUAGAAACAGACAAAAAUUAAUAAUAAAAAUUUCUAGGUUAAAGCCAAUAUAUUUCAAUGAAAAAAACAUCUUUUAAUUUAAAAAUUAAUAAUAGACAAUAUUUACGCACGCAUAAAUGCGACAAAGUGAACGUAUUUUCAUUACCGGCGUAUGUGACCUUUUUAAAAUAAAUGACAUUGACCAUGCCUUAUACAUUAUCAAUUUCUGUAUGUUUAAUACUCAUUGCUAAAGAGUAUCUCUUUUGGAAUUAUAUAUGCUGCAAAUCAAAGUGUGUAGUGAUUCGCAUUUAGUUUGAUACGCACUUUCAAGUGUAUUAUACGUACAACACCAUACUUUUCAAGACAUAUAGUGUAUUAAGACAACUCACACAAGUGCAUAAAAGCAAUAUUAAUUUAUUAAUAAACUAAUAUAUAAUUCUAAUAA